AGGAAUUUUUUUUGAAAACCAAUCCCAUUCAAUUCAAACUUAAAACCAAAACCUCGCCAUAUCCCUCGAAAAUCAAAAAGCGCUCUCUCUCUCUAUCAGAAACGCGCCUCCGCUUCUCCAUUUUAUUAUUAUCCGCCAAAACCAGAAGAGAAAAAUCAUUUAACAAAACCCGCCCGGAAAACCGCCUUUCGUCUCUAACCUAAUCCCCCGCCAGAUUCCCUUCCCGCUUCAAUUAAUCCCAUCCUCCCGCGGAUUCCCUUGUCCUAGAAUUCCUUUUGCGCGUGCCUUCACGCAUUGAAAGAAACGGGGAUUCUAGGUUUAUCUUUUCCCUCGUGGUUCCGAGAAUUGAAAUAAGCUAGGGUUUUUCGCUCCGGCGGCGGGAGACGGAGGUAGAUGGGCGCGGUGGUGGUGGCAGCGGCGGCGGCGGCGGGGUGGGGGACUUGGGAGGAAUUGUUGUUGGGAGGAGCGGUGCUCCGACAUGGGACCAGAGAUUGGGACGCCGUGGCAGCGGAGCUUCGUACCCGAUUCGCCUGCACGCCGGAGGUCUGUAGAGCCAAGUACGAGGACUUGCAGCAGCGGUACUCUGGUUGCAAAGCUUGGUUCGAUGAGCUUCGGAAGCAACGGAUGGCGGAACUCAGACGAGCCCUGGAAGUAUCUGAGGACUCGAUAGGGUCGCUUGAAUCAAUGAUAGAGACUCUCAAGGCAGAGAAGAAGAAGGGUGAUUCUUCUCCUGCACCAUCAGUGAAAUCGGAGGGAAUCGUGGAGGAAUCAUUGAGCAAAGGGACGUCCAAAGAUGGACUCUCGGCAGGUAGCUUCACUCAGGAGACCAGAUCAAACUGGUCUUCUGAGCCCCGCCUAGUACCCAAGCCAGAACCCUCGACCUCUCCAGACAACGGGAAGGUCGGCGAGGAGGAACGACCGCUAGGGUUCCUGAAAGGCCUGAGAGGGAAGAGGAAGAGGAAGAUCUGUGGCAAAGGUAGAAAUGAAGGCAGCGCUGAAGAGAGUGCCGACGCAUUGGGAUCAUCCUCGAUGUCAGCUCGGUUGAAGGAUAAUUCGACGAGCACUUGUGGGGAAGUUGUCGCCAGAGGUUCAGGUGGUGACGAUCAAUGCAGAGGAGGUGGCUCGAGCAAUGAGGAAGCUUCUGUUGAUGAUCUUGUCGGAAUUUUCGACACCAUUGCGGAGAACAAAUGUACCAAUGUCUUUCGACGGAGGCUUGAUAGCCAGAAGAGGGGAAGGUACAAGAAAAUGAUAUUGCGGCACAUAGAUGUGGACACCAUACGAGGCAAAAUCUCCAAGGGCUCCCUUCUAUCAGCCAAAGAACUCUUCAGAGACUUGCUGCUGCUGGCGAAUAACGCACUGGUCUUCUACUCGAAAACCACCCGAGAGUACAAAUCCGCGAAUCUCCUUCGAGACAUUGUCACCGAGAGUUUGAAGACUUACAUCAGCAGCAGAACUGCCAGUACUGCUGCUGCCCUGGUCUCGAUCACACCUCCAGCAGCAGCAGCAGUACUUGAUCCUCCUCCUCCGGCGACAAAGAAGUCCCCAAGUGCUCGCCCGGUUAACAAGAAGACACCAUCCAAAGUGUCUAAAGCUAUUCCAACCACAACCAAAGCUGCUACUCCUGUUGCUGCUAAGAAACCUGACCGGAAUUCGGGAUGUAAGGCACCAUCCAAAGAGUCGAAAGCUAGCCAAACGACUGCCAAAGGCGCUGUUGCUGCUGCUAAGAAACCUGCUGUGAAUUCGGAUGGUCAGGAAGCGACGGAGGAAGAAUCGGUUAAGAGGAAAGGAGGGCCUGGCAGGCAGAACAAGGUUGGCCGGACGGCUAACGAACGACCGGAAGGUGGUCAGAGUAAAGGAGGAAGGAAGAGAGCUCGGGUGAAAUGAGUAGUAAUGUAUAAUGUAUAUUCAUGUAGUGUUGCCUUUUUGUAUUGUAAGUUGUAGCUCUUGUAUAAUCUUUUUGGUCAAAGGUUCUCAGGUGACAUGCUUGCGUCUUGCGUUACAUGUAACAGACUAACAGUGAAUAUAAUCGCCAUGAAAUGAGAUGCAUCUUUGACAGGAAUCUUAUAUCCGACUGUUGAAUCAUCUAUAGCUCUAACUAAACUUAAGUUCAUCUAUAACCAAAAUAGAUGCUCCAUUUCAUUCCAUUAAAUUUUUCAGCUCCAAGUUUUGGUUGUGCCAUUU